AUGCUGCGUCUGGCUGCUUUUGCGGCGCUGCUGCUGUUCUUCAGGGUCAGUCUGGAACUGUCCUGGGCCCAGGCCAUCCCUGCUCUCUUCAUCUUCUACCUGGGAUCCGGCGGAUGGGACUUCUUCCUCAUAUUCAUCAAGACCAUACGGAGGGACAUCACCACGGGACUGGUCCUGUUGCGGGUGAAGUGGCAGGUAUGGAGGCACGUGAAGGAAAAGAACACAAUCGCCAAGAUCUUCCAGAAGACUGCGAGCAGAUAUCCAGAGAAGACAGCACUGAUCUUCCAAGGCACGGGCGAGAGCUGGACCUUCCGGCAGCUGGAUGAGUACUCCAACCAGGUGGCCAAUUUCUUCUACGGCCAAGGCUUCCGCUCUGGUGACGUGGUGGCUCUUUUCAUGGAGUCCCGCAAUCAGUACGUGGGGCUGUGGCUCGGCUUGGCCAAGAUUGGGGUGGAGACUGCCCUCGUGAAUUCCCACCUGCGCAUGGAGGCCUUGCUGCACUGCAUCACCAUCUCCAACUCCAAGGCUGUGGUUUUUGGGGUGGAGAUGAUGGAAGCAAUGCAGGAAGUGCAGCCCUCCCUGGAGAAAUCUGUCCAUCUCUUCUGGUCUGGGGAAGAAAGCCCUGAGUCCGUGCUUCCUGGCGCGAAACACCUGGAUCCCCUCUUGCAGAUGGCCCAGCGGCACCAGCCAACUCCCCCUGACAAGGGCUUUCUGGAUAAACUCUUCUACAUCUACACGUCCGGCACAACGGGGCUGCCCAAGGCUGCCAUUGUGGUGAACUGCCGGUACUUCCGCAUGUCCAGCUUAGUUUUUUAUGGUUUUCGCAUGAGGCCCGACGAUGUGGUGUACGACUGCCUCCCGCUGUAUCACGCUGCAGGGAACAUCGUGGGGGUCGGGCAGUGCCUGCUGCAGGGCAUGACGAUCGUCAUCCGCAAGAAGUUCUCAGCCUCGCACUUUUGGGAGGACUGCGUGAAAUACAACUGCACGAUUGUGCAGUACAUCGGGGAGAUCUGCCGCUACCUACUGAACCAGCCGUACCAGGAGGUGGAGCGGCAGCACCGCGUGCGCAUGGCACUGGGCAACGGGCUGCGUGCCUCCAUCUGGCGAGAGUUCAUGGCUCGUUUCGGCAUUGCCCAGAUCGCCGAGUUCUACGGGGCCACUGAGUGCAACUGCAGCCUGGGAAACUUUGAUAACAAUGUUGGCUCGUGUGGCUUUAACAGCAGGAUCCUACCAGGUGUGUACCCCAUUGGCUUGGUGAAGGUGGAUGAAGACACCAUGGAGCUGAUCCGGGGGCCAGAUGGUGUCUGUAUCUCCUGCAAACCAGGGGAGCCAGGGCAGCUAGUGGGCCGCAUUGUCAAAAGCAACCCCUUGCAACACUUUGACGGCUACCUGAAUAAGUCAGCCACCAACAAGAAAAUUGCCAGGGACGUGUUUACAAAAGGGGACACUGCUUAUCUCACAGGGGACGUCCUGGUGAUGGACAAAUACGGCUACAUGUACUUCCGGGACCGCACCGGGGACACUUUCCGCUGGAAGGGGGAGAAUGUCUCCACCACAGAGGUGGAGGGGACACUGAGUCGCAUCCUCAACCUGACAGACGUGGUGGUUUAUGGGGUGGAGAUCCCAGGGAUUGAAGGGAAGGCAGGAAUGGCAGCCAUCGCCGACCCGGAGAACUCCUGUGACCUGGAAGUCUUUGCCAGUGAGCUGAAAAAGGCCCUGCCGCUAUAUGCACGCCCUGUCUUCCUGCGGUUCCUGCACGAAGUCUCCAAGACAAGCACUUACAAGUUCCAGAAGAUGGAGCUGCGGAAGCAGGGCUUCGACCCCACACUGGUGAAGGACAGGUUGUACUUCCUGGACUCCAGGCAAGGCUGCUACCUGCCGCUGGACCAG